AACUCAUGGUUUAGGUCAUCGAAUGUUACCUACUCCAAGUGGGGGAAAGUAAGGGAUUCCAGCAACAAAACCCAUCGAACGCAGAGGAAGAAAACGAGUGGACUAAGACCUUCAGGAGAAGCAAAACUAGGCUGCCGACAUGCCCGUAGAUAAGACAACGACGCCGCCUCGGCCAAAUUUGAUUGAUUUCCAUGGAGUUUCAAUGGUCCAUUAUUUCACGGACAACUGGGAGAAAAUUCAAAACUUCAAAGCCAGACCAGAUGAUAUCCUUAUUGCAACAUACCCAAAAGCAGGAACUACAUGGGUCUCCUACAUUCUUGAUCUUCUGUAUUUUUCUCAGACACAACCAGAUCGCCAGACAUCCACCCCUCUUAAUGAUAGAGUACCUUUCCUGGAGAUUACGAUCCCAAACCAAUCUUCUGGAACUGAUCAGGCAGAUAGUCUUGAUACUUGUCCUCGUCUCAUCAAAACUCACCUGCCAGUCCAGUUGAUUCCAAAGUCCUUUUGGGAACAGAAAUGCAGGGUAGUGUAUGUGGCCCGUAAUGCUAAAGACAAUGCAGUGUCUUAUUUCCACUUUGACCGCAUGACCUGCGUCCAACCAGAGCCAGGAGACUGGAACAGCUACCUACAGAGAUUCAUUGAUGGAAAGAUGGUAUUUGGAUCCUGGUAUGACCAUGUGACUGGCUGGUGGGAGAAGAAACACUCCCAUCCUAAAAUCCAAUACAUGUUCUUUGAAGAUAUGGUUGAGGACACUGGACGAGAGAUAAACAAGCUGUGCUCCUUUCUUGGUUUGACCUCGACAACCAAAGAGAAGGAUCAAAUCAAUAAUCUAGUACAGUUUGACAAUAUGAAGAAGAAUGAAAUGGCCAACUACUCAACUGUGAAAGCUAUGGACUUUAAGAUCUCUCCCUUCAUGAGAAAAGGGAAGGUUGGUGACUGGAGAAACCACUUCACCGUAGCCCAGAAUGAACAGUUUGAUGAAGACUAUAAGAAGAAGAUGAAGAAUACCACGCUGCAGUUCCGCACUCUAGUCUGAAAUCUGGCCAGGCUACUCCUACAUCAUGAUUAAACCUGAGUGACAGAGCAGGAAAUGUAGGAUCUUUCAACAAGGUCGUCGAUUUACAGUGUUUUGCUGGUCUUUAAAACAUUUGUACAUAUAUAUAUAUAAAACUAUUUAGUAAGACCGUGAGUCAUCAUAGAAAAGCUGGGGGUCCCUUAUAGUGCUAUCUAUAAACCGAAUAAUAGUCAGAUAUAGGGCUUGACCAACAUAGCCUCUGUUUUGGAUAGGAGCAUUCGAAUGUUGGGUUUUAUUAUGUUGGAAGUCAUGUAUUUUGUUAUCGUAAUUAAUCGUGAAAUUGUGAUGAGUUAAAAUCAGCAAAAGUAUAUUUUUAUGUGAAAAA